AUGCUGAACGGAUUGAAUGGAUUGAAUGGAUUGAAUGGAUCGGAAGAGCUAGCUCAGGGCGGCCGUACAGGGCAAGGGGGGGUUCAAUUCUUAUCAGUUGCCAAGGUGCACAUUGCAAUGUCAACUGGCGGCUUAGUUGGCUGGUGUAUGUGCCAAGGUCAAGACCUUAUCAGUCUAGUACCUAGUGGCAUGUCUCUACACUGCUACGCUGCUAGUACUCAGACUAGUACUAGUAUACUUGGAUGCGCCAUGCUCUGCACCUAUUCUGUGCCCCUGUCAACCACAUCCUUCGGCCCGGGACUGAGGCGAGGUGGCAGGUCUAAACCCGGUUCACACCGACGGGAGUUGCAGAUAGUAGCUUCAACUGACCACUCGGGAAGUAUAAAGCACACAAGGCGCACUGGCAUAUUACCACUACCAGGGGGAAAAGCGGCCGGGACGAUGGGACCUGCAAGCAUGAAUGACCACUACUUUCAGAGUUUGCCAGGUGCGAAUCGUAUGCCGUCAAGUGGUCCAGACGCCGUUCCACGGAGUGACACUACUUUACAGAUCGCAGUCUCGCUUCUGGCGGAUACUUGA